AUGACGUUGUCGAAUUCGGUUUAUCUUCAAAUGAUGCAAUCGGUGAAGGAGAAAACAAUCAAGCGGGAGUUUGAAGUGAAAGAGGAGGACGUCGUCAAUGACGAUGCAUUUAUCGGUGGCACUUACCACCUGGGUGGAAACGGUUUGAAAGAGAAGGUGUUGAAGGGUAUUUCAGAUGAAGAAGUCUACAAAUUGCAAUUCGAUUGCAUAGAUGAGGCUGGAACAUUUUACAACAUGUUAGCAAAAGUAGCCGGAUUUAGUAUUCGAAAAGAUGAUUUGAAGCGAGACAAGAAUGGAGAUAUAAUAUCUCGAAAGUGGGUGUGUUCUAGAGAAGGACAGCGAGCGACAAAGUUUAUUGAAAAUGACAAGCGACAGCGUGAGCCACGAUCAUUGAGUAGAGUUGGAUGUGAAGCUGCAUUUCGUGUAGGCUUGAAUAGGAAAGAUGGAAAGUGGAUUGUAAAGGAAUUUAUAGGAGAUCAUAAUCAUAAUUUGGUCGAUGCUAUCAACACACAAUUCCUUCGGUCUCAUCGAACAAUAAGUAAUCCAGAUAAGGCACAAGUUGAUGUUUUGCGUAAAGUAGGUGUUAAAACAACACAAAUUAUGGACUAUAUGGUCAAACAAUCAGGGGGACAUGAGCACGUCGGUUUCACACAAAAAGAUAUAUACAAUCACGUUGAUGCAAUGCGUAGAAGUGAAAUUAAAGACGGUGAUGCAGAAGCGGCAUUGGCUUAUUUGUGUGGAAAGGCAGAAAUGGAUUCUUCAUUUUUUUAUAAAUUCAACAUUGAUGAAGAAAGUCGACUAGCAAAUUUGUUUUGGGCUGAUUCAACUGCUCGAAUGGAUUAUGCGUGUUUUGGAGAUGUCCUAGCAUUUGACACAACCUAUAGGACAAAUGCCUAUAAAAAGCCUCUAGUAGUGUUGGUCGGUGUUAAUCAUCACCACCAAACUGUUGUAUUUGGUUGUGCAUUAUUGAUAGAUGAAAGUGUUGGGACAUAUGAAUGGGUGUUGGAGACAUUUCUUGAGGCAAUGAUGAAUAAGAAACCCAUAUCUGUUGUAACCGAUGGGGAUAAAGCUAUGCGUAAGGCAAUCAAAAAACUAUUACCCGAUACGUGUCAUCGAUUGUGUUCAUGGCAUUUGCAACGAAAUGCAUUCACGAAUGUGCAUAUUAAGGAUUUCUCAAGCAUAUUUGCAAGGUGCAUGUUCAUGCGUGGGAAUGAAGCAGAAUUUGAAAAGGUUUGGCAUGAAAUGGUUGCAAAUUUGGGACUUAAUGAGAAUCGUUGGGUGACCGAGAUAUAUGGGAAACGUAAAAGAUGGGCAGAGGCGUAUUUACGUGGAAAUUUCUUUGGAGGGAUGAGAACCACACAAAGGUGUGAGAGUAUGAAUGCAUAUCUAAAUAGAUUCUUAAAAAUUCGUUUGCGACUGUAUGAGUUUGUACAACAAUUUGAUAGAGCCAUAAUGAGAAUACGGCAAAACGAGGCAAAGGCAGAGUUCGAGUCGAACAAUUCUUCACCAGUGCUUUCGACCAAACUAUCCAUAAUUGAAAAUCAUGCUGCGACGGUAUACACGAAAGAAUCUUUCCUUAAAUUUCGUGAGGAGAUGAAGAAUGCAGAGUUAUUCUUUGUGGUAGGUCUUGGAAUGUUAGGGGAGCAUUUGUCGAAUGACCGAUCUGACAUGUACAUAGAUUGUGGUGAACUUAAUAAUCUGAAAAUAACAAUGGAAUGUGCAUGUGCAGAUAGCAGGAUUUCAGCAACAUGA